UUUUUGUUCAAUUCUAGGAGGAGCUCAAUACAUCACUGAAGUCCUUACAAGAAAAUCUGAAACAUCGUGAAGAAAUGAAAGGAGAGUUUGAGAAAACAGUUGAACACAUCAAGUCUCAAGCUGAGCUCACAGAGCGUCCAGAUUAAACAGCAGUUUGAGAAGCUUCAUCAGUUUCUCAGAGAUGAAGAAGAAGCUACAAUCACUGCACUGAGGGAGGAAGAGGAGCAGAAGAAGCAGAUGAUGAAGGAGAAGCUGGAGGAGAUGAACAGACACAUCUCAGCUCUUUCACACUCAAUCAAAGACAUGGAGGAGAUGAUGAAAGCCAGUGACGUCUGCUUUCUGAAGGAGUUUCCAGUCACGAUGGAAAGAGUCCAGAUCUCAUCACAGCCGGAUCCACAGACUCCUUCUGGAGCUUUGAUUCAUGUGCCACGUUACUUGGGCAACCUGCCCUUCAGAGUCUGGAAGAAGAUGCAGGACAUCGUCCAGAACACUCCUGUGAUUUUGAUCCAGAUCCAGAAACACUGCUCAUCCAGAUCUCAAAUGGCUGAUGAUCUGACCAGUGUGGAAUACAGCGGAACAAACAGCCUCUUCCUGAUAAUCCCAGAGAUUUGA